AUGAAUAGAAAGCCGCCGAUGAGACGAGAAUUUGCGCCACCGAGCGCCGCGCGCGACAUGAAAAAGGCCUUGCUGGAGUUUCAGUUUUCCGAUUUCGAAAAGUAUAGGGACGCAUGGAUCAACCAGGAUAGCGUCGAGUACGCUGAAGUUAACCGAAGAAUAAACCAAGCCUGCUUCCUGUGGGAUGAAAACAAUCCCGAGUUAUGGCCAAUGAGUUUGGUGCCGAUUGAGGCCUUCAAGCACGACAAGAACAAUGACUUGGUUCGCCUCUUUCCACACAAAGUAUGGUGUUUGGCCGACCUGGCACCUAAUAGCUUCCUCUAUUGGAACGAAGGCAACAACACGGCUUCUGCCACUCAAGAGGCCUGGGCUGAGGCGCAAAGCCGCGGCCCACUUGAAGUGGGAGAAGGACCUUGCCAUUUCUGGACUGCCAGCUUCACCAGCCCUUCUGCGGAUAAGUCGACUCUGCGAUCGACCUAUCGCACCAGCAGCCACGCCGACAAUCCAGAGUUUGACAUCGACUGCGCUAUGAUCAGCCUCUUGGGCAUUCGCUAUUAUCCCUGGUUUGACGUUCCGCGUGAGAAAACCUCGAAAUCUUGGCUUUACUUCAUCGACUAUCAUGGGCUGGAUGAUUUGAGCCAACACCCCAACCGUCAAGAAAUGCCGAGGAUCGUGAGUGCUCUCGGCCAUCUCUGUAUUACAGGCCAUUAUUGGGAUUACGAGGCGCCAGCGUCAGAUCCAGCGCCAGAGGAGAGCCUCACGCCAUCCUGGUUCGCUGUUGUUGUCGACCUAGAACGACCAGAGAGACCGGUAUGGCUUGUCCGAGAGCUUCGUGCUUUCAGGUUCUCGAAAUUUUCGGGUUACAGGCCGGACAGGAAAAACGUAAAGGAAUAUGACAUUCCAGAGAGCGAGCGAAAGUAUCCACCAAGCACGCCACAUCACUCGGCAGAAGCAGGCGCCAAAGACUUCUUCCAUCGCCUAGCUGAGAACGACACCGAUCUUAUCAAGAUGUUCUCUUCGGUUAGUGAAUGGGACCAUGCUGAGUUGGAUGCAGCUACUUUGAAGCAAUAUCUCUGGGACGAGAAGAACCGAUUCCAAAAGGCCAUACCUCGGUUCAGACACGUUCUUCCGCACAGAGGCAGCAAUUUCAACGCCAAGGACAAACCUAUGAUAGAUGAAUUGCCCCGGUCAACAUAG